GAGUGAGAAGCCCGCAAAAGCCAGUUUAAAUUAUUGAAUCAGAAAAGCAGUAUUUUUAACAAUGAUCACUCUGACAAACACAUGACCCUGGAAUUAUAGCUGAUUCAAUGUUUAAACUAGGGUGGAUUUGUACUGCAGGAGGUUAUUGGAGUGUAGAGUGUCUCAUCACUCUUUUCCAUAAAAUGCCUUAUUUUGCAAAACUCAUUUUAUUACUCUUUUGCUUUGUCCUUCUUGUGGAGAGCAGAAAGCACAGGAGGAGGAGGUGGACAGGUCAGCUGGAGGUGCAGAAGGCAAGCCACAUCUAUAAGAAGAAUCAUGACAUGACCAAAACUCGGAAAGGAAAAACAGAACAGCUUUUGAGAGUCGAUGACCACGAUUUCACCAUGAGGCCAGCUUUUGGAGGUCCUGCCAUUCCUGUUGGGGUAGAUGUACAGGUUGAAAGCUUGGACAGUAUUUCUGAGGUCGAUAUGGACUUUACUAUGACACUGUACUUAAGGCACUACUGGAAGGAUGAACGCCUCUCAUUUCCUAGCAUCACUAACAAGAGCAUGACCUUUGAUGGCAGGCUGGUGAAGAAGAUUUGGGUUCCAGAUGUCUUCUUUGUGCACUCCAAAAGAUCAUUCAUUCAUGACACAACCACUGACAACAUCAUGUUGCGAGUGUUCCCAGAUGGUCAUGUGCUAUAUAGUAUGAGGAUCACAGUGACAGCAAUGUGCAACAUGGACUUCAGUCGAUUUCCCCUGGACUCACAGACUUGUUCUCUGGAGCUGGAAAGCUAUGCUUACACUGAUGAAGAUCUGAUGCUUUACUGGAAAAAUGGGAAUGAAUCCCUGAAAACUGAUGAAAAGAUUUCCUUGUCUCAGUUUUUGAUACAAAAGUUUCAUACUACUUCCAGACUCGCUUUCUACAGUAGCACCGGAUGGUACAAUAGACUGUACAUAAAUUUCACUUUACACCGCCACAUCUUCUUCUUCUUGCUCCAAACCUAUUUCCCUGCCACUCUAAUGGUCAUGCUAUCGUGGGUGUCCUUCUGGAUUGAUCGCAGAGCUGUACCUGCUAGAGUGUCAUUAGGGAUAACCACAGUGCUGACCAUGUCAACAAUCAUCACUGGUGUAAACGCCUCCAUGCCUAGAGUUUCCUACAUCAAAGCUGUGGACAUUUACCUCUGGGUCAGUUUUGUGUUCGUCUUUCUCUCAGUGUUGGAAUACGCAGCAGUGAAUUAUUUGACCACAGUGCAAGAACGGAAGGAAAGGAAGUUGCGAGAGAAGUUUCCAUGUACAUGUGGAAUACCUAAUACAAAAACCAUGAUGCUGGAUGGAACCUACAGUGAAUCUGAUGCCAACAGCCUGGCAGGAUACACAAGAAGCCAGAUAGUGAUUGAGGAAGAAAAACAAGACAAAAUGGUGGUUCAUUUGGCCAUGAGCAAUGAAUCUAAUUCAUCGAGAAAGAGAGGGCUGAAAGGCCAUGUUGGCCUGCGCAUCAUCCAGAACACUCAUGCGAUUGAUAAAUACUCAAGAAUAAUAUUCCCAGGCACCUAUAUAUUUUUUAACUUGAUAUACUGGUCUGUCUUUUGCUAGACAUACCGAGGCAGAAGCCCUUUACAGGACUAAGUGGGUGUUUUUUUUAAAAAGUUCAGUUUGGCUGUUAAGCUAGAAAACCAAUUCUCCUAUUGUACCUGUGGAGCAAAAAGCACUGGAUAUAUCCUGCAACAGGCACGUUCAUCCAAAGGCUUCCCUGAGAAUUUGGUGUGUCAAUUACUCUGUACACCUGACCCCCAUCUCCCCUCUGCUCUCUUGGUUUGUGCAACAGCUACUGUAUAUAUAUACACUGGGCAAUGCUGAUAGUGCCUGAUGUGCACUGGGGCCCAGAUCCUCAAAGGGAUUGAGGUACCAAUUCCCAUUGAUUUCAAUAGGAGUUAAGUUCCUAAAUGCCUUUGGAAAUCUAGGCCAGGGAAACUACCACAAAAGAAUCACCCAGGCUCCGCUGCUGGAUUAAAGUGUGAGUUCCUAUGGCUGUGCUGAGGUGCCUAAAAUAGACAACGGUUAGGCUCCUUAAUAGCUUAGCUUUGAAAGUGCUACAUGAAAACAGAGCUCACUUUAGACCAUUGUUUUUCUUUUUCCUUUGCUUAUAAACAAAUGGCAUCUUUUUAGGAUAUACUUUCAUCAAGCCAUCAGGCAAAAUUCUGCAAUCCUUACUCAAACCUCCCAUUACGUAAGUGGGAUUGCUGCCUGGGUGCAGAAUUCACUCUACCACGUCUAGGCAAUUAGUUUGUUUUUAAUUAAAAAUUAGGAGAAAUGGUAAAGUAAAGCAAAGAAACCUCCGGAACUUGGGCAGCAUGAAAUCUGGAGCUCGUUUAUAAUGACAGCUUGGAAGUUUAAAUAAGCCUGUUCACUCCUUGCAAACUGGCCUUGGAGUACAAUAAAUCGACCAUGAGUGCUUUUCCCUUUAACGGAGGUGGAAGGUAACCAGCUGGAGCCUUUGAUUAGUGUACAGGACUGGGGAGUUUAUCCAGGAGUGGCUAGUCUUUUUGCUUCCUUUCUUCAUAGCUAGGUCCCUACCAAAUCCACGGCCAUGAAAAACGCGUCAUGGACUGUGAAAUCUGGUCUCCAUGAAAUCUUGUCUUUUGUUUGCUUCUACCCUAUACUAUACUGAUUUCACAGGGGAGACCAGAGUUUCUCAAAUUGGGGGUC